AUAUGCCAAUUUGCCAGCGGAUAAUUUAACGCCACAACAUUUGUCACCUCCAGCGGAGAAAUAUUGGAGUAUGAUGGCCUAUAAUAAUGCAAAAUUAUGUAAUGUGCUGUUUGCUGCCAAGUUAGCUAAGCUUUGGAAACAUCGCGGCAUAUCUGUGUUCUCUGUACAUCCCGGUAAUAUGGUAUCAACACGAAUACAACGGAAUUGGUGGUUUUAUCGUUUACUGUUCGCAUUGGUGAGACCAUUCACUAAAUCACUGCAACAGGCGGCUGCCACGAGUAUCUAUUGUGCCACUGCCAAUGAACUUACUGGCCUUACAGGGCUUUACUUUAACAAUUGUUAUUUCUGUGAGCCAAGCAAGCUAUCGCAAAAUGAGAAUUUACAAAAUCAAUUGUGGACGAUAAGUGAAGAUAUGGUGAAGCGUUUGAAGGAACCAGAAAGCCAACAGCUGUUGUAUUAAGGA